AUGACUAGCAAGAACCACAGUUUCCCGUCGCCUGCCGACUCGCACGACUACGUGUAUGAUUUUUCAGACCAUAUUCGCCGUAAACGCGGCGAACUAAAUGAGGGCCUCGAAGCUGGUCAUCGGAUACGUCUACCCAUACCAGAUAUCCGGUUCGAACAGACAUACCUUACCCGCGUGCAGACGUGCCUUCAUGUGGAAGAAACAGCGGGAAGGGGAGGCGGUGUCGACUCUGCGUUAUCCACUGACGACCCGUUUAUUGCUGCUACACACGUUUCACCAGUCAUCACAUCAUCACAACAAAUUACACGCAUCGAUUGGGGAAAACUGGCUUGGAUCACUGUUCGCGAUCAGAUCGUUAUGCCGCUGUUGCAGGGGAUGCUUUGGGGUGUCAUUGGAACAUACUAUCACCCUUUUGUUGGUGUUAUGAAGAGCAGUCUUCGUAGUAAACCCUCAUUACCCAAUCCAGUGGAAGGGGAAGGCGUGGGAUGGUUAAGAAAUUGGGCAAAGAAAUUGGGUGUCGGCGAGCUUACCAUCGGCGCUGUUAGCUCAAAAUCAAGGUUGUAG